UUCUAUCAAGGUGAAGUUACAGGAAGUGACUAACUCCAAGGGCCACUGCGUCGAGGAUAUAACAAAGCGACGCCCUCCCCUCUGGCUCACACUGGUCAGCUUAAGGACACAACAUAAGUACGACGCUCUAAGGUGUGCUUUAGGACUUGUGUGUUGUGGCGUGUGUCUGGCGUCAGUUACUGAGGCUCCUCCGUCACGGUGCUCAGUGAAGACGAGAGAACAAUGUCUUUAAGGUCUUGGGAGAUACGUGAUAGAUUUUGUCCUCAAAUCUCUCCAGACUACACCAACACGAAUGUGAUUAUCGAGAAAGUGUAACAGAACAAUUGUUUGUCUUCUUCAAGAUCCAUUAAUACGAGUUCGUGACUUGUAAGAACGACAUCAACUCUUGCAAACCUCUGAGCAUAAUAACAUUAGUGAGUCAGAGGUGAGAGAGAGGCAGGUGCAACCAUCAUCAAGAUGCUGAGACACUCGGUGCAGGGCCUGGCGGUGCUGUACACUGUGGUGCUGCCCGCGGCCUGCCAGACCUGUUCUAGCACCACCAACGACCACCAUGGCUGCCAAACCUAUAGCCUCACCACGCCAUAUGGUAACAAAAAGUGUCUUGCUGUGGAACCCGAUUCGGCAGACUUCUCAUUCUACCUUAAACCCGGCCAGGACUUCAACUUCUUACAAGUCAAGCCACCAACACUACGACCACCACCACCAAGAAGCUCGCCAGGUCGACCAUCACCAGAUCAAGCCAAGGACGCGCAAUCAACGUCAACACCCGCGGGUCUUCAUCCACCACAGGCGCCAGUCAUCACAGAAGACGAAGAAGCCAAAACCUCUUCAGAAAACUCACCCGUCGACGACUCGAGAAAAGCCCCAAAUAACCCCGGUCUUCCCUGGUAUGUCCCAGUCAUCAUAACAGCCAUAGUUGCGGUCAUCAUCAUCACCAUCAUAACAUUCCUGGUAGUUAGGAAGAUGAACCAGAAAAAGGAAAAUAAGUUUCAGCAGAAACAAGAGAAACAAGGGAAAGUGAACUACAGCGGCCCUCACUGCUCUCCCGACCGGCACUCCGAGGAAGAGAUUGAUCUACAGGACCACAUCUACGAGGAGGUGGAUGAUCUCGGCCCUGUGAUCUACGGGCAUCCGUCCAACACAAUGGAUGAAGGAGGUGUGGAUGUGAGGGUGGGUGGUGGGUGGAUGGCCAACAGAGGUUCCGCCCACGAGAGUGAGAACAGUCUCUAUGUUCCCUUCAACUGACUGUUAACUACAUAAAGUAACGGGACACAAAUACUCAAUGUUGACUUAUAUAUUAUUGUGUUUAUUUGUAAAUAUGUACAGAUAAUGUAUAUACUUUACCAUUAUUCACUUUCAACUGCACAAUGUGAGCACAAACUGUUAAUAAAUGUUAAUGUAUGUUAAUAAUUUUUUCUUGUAUAGACGUCAGCAUGUAUAGUUAAUCAUUAUUUAUUAAAACAAUAAUUUCAA